CAGGGCUCCUUUCUUUCUUCUCCACAUUCUCGCUUCCCUCCCUGUUCCCGCUCGGUCCCCGCCGGUGUGCUUCCCCGGGAAUCUUUCGCCGACGAGGUUCCCGAGGGCCAUUGUUCCAAUUUCCAGAUUCACCCCAAUCCGUUAACUCCCUCGUCCUCUCUAUUUCCGAUUGACGUCCCCCGCUAUCGAGCUCGAAAUCUUCAUCGGCGGUUUUUGAAUUUAUUUCUCUCGGGAGUCAACUGUUUCUCUGUUGUUUUGUUCUUUCUUCCCCCCCUUCUUUCGAUACAGAAGCUGGGGGUUAUAGUUCUCGGAAUUGGACCGGUUGCUUUCGCAGAUGGCUAGUCAAAGCAGUUCUUCUCGAAGGAGUCUGUCGUCGGUGCCGGGGAGGAGAAAAUCCUUUCAGAAUGGAGCCUCUGAGUCUAAGCCCCGGAAAUCUCUAUCCUCUUCGCGCCCGCCAUUAACAGGAGAGCGGACAGUGAAAUCAUUACGACUAUCAAAGGCUUUAACCGUACCUGACACAACUACUGUGUCUGAAGCUUGCCGUCGGAUGGCUGCUCGCCGAGUUGAUGCCCUGUUGUUAACUGAUUCUAAUGCUUUGCUUUGUGGAAUACUUACAGACAAGGAUGUAGCAACAAGAGUUAUUGCUGGUGAGCUUAAUCUUGAAGAGACACCUGUUUCAAAGGUUAUGACAAGAAAUCCAAUAUUCGUCCUUUCUGAUACUCUUGCUGUGGAAGCCCUCCAAAAGAUGGUGCAAGGGAAAUUCAGACAUUUACCGGUGGUGGAUAAUGGAGAAGUUGUUGCCUUGCUUGACAUAGCAAAGUGCUUAUAUGAUGCUAUUGCGCGCAUGGAAAGGGCGGCUGAAAAAGGAAAUGCCAUUGCUGCUGCUGUUGAAGGUGUUGAAAAACAUUGGGGGACAUCUUCUUCUGGCCCUAACACAUUCAUUGAGACUCUUAGGGAGCGGAUGUUCAAGCCCUCUUUGUCUACAAUCAUUUCUGAGAAUUCAAAGAUUGUAACAGUUUCACCAACAGAAUCAGUUUUGACAACAACAAAGAAGAUGCUUGAACUUCGUGCAAGCUGUGCAAUUGUGACACUUGAAGGAAAAUCUCAUGGCAUUCUUACUUCAAAGGAUAUCUUGAUGCGGGUAAUUGCACAAAAUCUUCAACCAGAGUCAACUCUUGUUGAGAAGGUCAUGACUCCCAACCCACAAUGUGCAACCAUUGAUACUCCAAUUGUUGAUGCACUUCACACUAUGCAUGAUGGAAAAUUUUUACAUCUUCCUGUGGUUGAUAGAGAUGGCAAUGUAGUUUCUGUAGUUGAUGUGAUUCAUGUUACUCAUGCUGCUGUGGCAACAGCAAGUCAGGUUGGAAAUAGUGGCAGCUUUAACACUGAAGCUGCAAGCACCCUGAUGCAAAAAUUUUGGGAUUCAGCCAUGGCGUUAACUCCAAACGAUGAUGAUGAUGACACCAGAAGUGACGGUUCCUUGAAAUUGGCUUCUGAUGGAGGAGAUACUGCAAAGUCUCUUCCUUAUCUUUCGUCAAGCAUGACAAAUACGUUUUCCUUCAAAAUACAAGAUAAGAAGGGACGGAUGCAUCGAUUCACAUGUGAUACUCGGAAUUUGACAGAGGUUAUAACUGCUAUCAUUCAGAGAGUCGGUAAUGAAAUUGACCCGAACAACCUGCCCCAAAUUCUGUAUGAAGAUGAAGAUCAUGACAAAGUUAUAUUGGCUUCAGAUAGUGAUCUUGCUGCAGCUGUUGACCAUGCAAGGUCGACAGGCAUGAAGGUAUGGCUGGAUCUGAUUUCUGUCCAAAUCUUGUAUGGUUUGAUGUUCUGA